AUGGAGACUGCUGAUUUACUUCUACUUCUCGAUCAGCUGGAUGACAGUGUCGAUGAUUUGGAAGAGGCUCUUGGGCCUCUUCUGAACACGGCUAUCACCGAGACGUCGAAAAAACUUCCUGUUUUGGACAAGGCAAAAUAUCAUGUCUUGGUUACAUAUGCUCUGGAGUCGCUUAUCUUUUCUUAUUUGCGUCUCAAUGGCGUGAAAGCCAAAGACCACCCAGUUUUUCGGGAACUGACGCGAGUCAAGCAAUACUUCGAAAAGAUUAAGGCUCUAGAAACAGAACCAGAGCAGAGAACCAUGACGCUUGACAAACAAGCCGCAGCACGUUUCAUUAAACAUAGUCUGGCUGGGAACGACAAAUUAGACAUGCAACGCAAAGAACAGGAAGCGAAAGAAAAGGCGCGGGCUCAGUUGAAAGCAUCGCUUCUCGCUAAGAAGGAAGGCACCGCGUCUGGGCGAUCAUCUAAGAAUCCUACAAGCGACUCGGGCUCUCAAUCAAACUCCUGUUCAGACGAUGAAGCUGAGGGCGAAGCCUCAACCGAACGACCGAAGAUUACCGCACAGCCCACCGGUCUCGAGAAGCAAAAGAAGAUGAAGAACAGUAGUGAAAAUGUAAAGUCUAAACAGAAGAAAAAGCGCAGUAAAGAAGGCCGAAGCGAAGUGAAAAGGGAAAGACGAAAAAAGAAGAGAGAAGCCCGGAAGGCAAAGAAGACAUCGCAAUGA